CCCCGCCGGCCGCCGCCGCCGCCUGCUGGUGGCCCGGGCCGAUCCCAUUUCGCCGCCGGGAGCCCUCCCGAGCUCCCUCCCCGCAGCUGGUUCCGAUUGGGAUCUUCAUGAUCUGAUUUCCUUCCCUUUCUAUUGGGGGCUUUUGCGAGAUGGCGCGCCGUAUGUAGCAGCGAUUCGCGUCGGGCUGGCAGCCUCCGUUAUCUCCCCCGCUGCCAUAACCUUGCCGCGAUCGUGGUUUCCGUAGAUUGUUGAUGGGAUCUGAUUUUGGAUUCGCCGAUUGAUGAUACUCGCGUCGCCUUUAGUGUAUCCGCUCGUCGCCGGUGUUGCAGUUCGGCGCAAUCUUGGGGGGGAAUUGCUCUUCAGCUGCCGCCCCCGUUGCUGGCUGCGAAAGCUCGAGCUCUCCCUCUCCAUUUCAUGUCUCCUGAGUUAGACAGCCCUGUCCAGACUCAGAUGGCCUUGUCUAUUUUCAAGAGCCCUCUUAGCAGGGAGUACCACGGGACUAACAGAAAUGAGGGGAAGCAACCUACUGCGAGGAGACUUCCUAUUUUCAAGAGCCCUCUUAGCAGGGAGUACCUCGGGACUAACGGAAAUGAGGGGAAGCAACUUACUGCGAGGAGACGCGUUUUCGUGCAGACUGAAAAGGGCUGCGUGUUGGGUAUGGAGCUAGAUCGCAGUGACAACGCCCACACUGUGAAAAGGCGGUUGCAGCUCGCUCUUAAUUUGCCGAUAGAACAGAGCUCUUUGACUUUUGGGGACAAGGUACUGAAAAAUGAUCUCAGUGAUGUCCUAAACGAUUCCCCACUUCUCCUUACACGGAAUUUUCUUCAAAGGAGCUCUUCGACACCUUGUCUUUCGCCAACCGGGAGGGACAGCCAGCAAAGAGAUAAGAGUGGCCCGAUAGAAAUACUUGGCCGGUCAGAUCCAUGUGAGAGAAUCAAGCAAUUGGUGAAGGAAGUUGUGAAGGCGAUCAAGAAUGGAGUUGAUCCAAUUCCUGUUCGCAGUGGUCUUGGGGGUGCAUACUAUUUCCGAAACAGUAGAGGUGAUUGUGUUGCUAUUAUAAAGCCGACUGAUGAAGAACCAUUUGCCCCCAAUAAUCCUAAAGGCUUUGUCGGCAAAGCUCUAGGACAACCGGGCUUGAAGAGAUCUGUGCGAGUUGGAGAAACAGGGAUCAGAGAGGUUGCAGCUUAUCUUCUGGACUCUGAACAUUUUGCUAAUGUGCCUCCAACUGCUCUGGUGAAGAUCACUCACUCUAUGUUCAAUAUUAACGAUGGAGUGAAUCCCGACAAGCCAAAUAAAAAGAAGCCGGUCAGCAAGAUAGCAUCUUUUCAGCAGUUCAUGCCUCAUGAUUUUGAUGCCAGUGAUCAUGGGACCUCAAGCUUCCCUGUUUCUGCUGUGCAUCAAAUUGGAAUAUUGGACAUUAGAAUUUUCAACACGGACAGGCAUGCUGGGAACCUCUUGGUAAGGAAACUUGACAGCAUGGGAAGUUUUGGUCAGGUGGAACUGAUUCCUAUCGAUCAUGGCCUAUGCCUGCCAGAAACUCUGGAGGACCCAUACUUUGAGUGGAUUCAUUGGCCUCAGGCUUCAAUUCCUUUUUCCGAGGUUGAAUUGAAGUAUAUAGAAAAGCUGGACUAUAAAGAGGAUUGGAAAAUGCUGCGCGAGGUGCUUCCCGUGAUCCGAGAAGCUUGUCUCCGUGUGCUGACCCUCUGCACCAUUUUCCUGAAGAGAGCCGCCGCAUAUGGCCUCUGUCUUGCUGAAAUUGGUGAAAUGAUGAGCAGAGAAUUUCGCAGUGGUGAGGAAGAACCAAGUGAACUGGAGGUCGUGUGCAUUGAGGCGAGAAGGUCUAUAGCUGAUAGGGAUGUUUUGUCCCCCAAGGCAGACCUGGGAGACGAUGAGUUUCAAUUUGAUAUUGACUGUGAGGAUGCCGAGUCGGGCUUCAUGCCAAAGAUGACCAUGGAUGAUUUAAUGUAUAGAGCACCUUUCUCUAGACUGGAUGAUUUCGGAAUAGGUAGUAGUGGCCGGAAUCCUCUCUCUAGACUGGAGGAGGGAAGUGAGGAGGAAGAAGAGAGUGAAGAUGAAGAAGAGAAGAAGGGAGAGGAUGUUGCUGGGGGCCAGGCAUUUGAGAGGAUUCCCUCGGUGUCAAAACUUUCCAUGUCCCUUAAAAACACUGUCUUGGGUAAGAAGAGUCCAAAGCAACCCAAAUAUUCUGGUAUGGUGCAGGAAGAUGGCCCUGUGGCUCAUUCAUCAUCUGGGCACAGAAGUGCAAAUGAGCUGCUUCCUGCAAGUGUGAGCUUUGUGAAUCUUGCAGACAUGAGUGAGGAUGAAUGGGUUCUGUUCCUGGAGAAGUUCCAGGAGCUGCUGCGUCCAGCAUUCGAUAACAGGAAGUCCGCUACCUUAGGCCAGAGGCAGAGGCAGAGGCUUGGGACUUCUUGCCAGUUUUGAGACUUACAAGUUAGUAAUAUGUACCGAUGGAAGAGAAUCCUUCCCAGGACGUAGGUUUGUGGAAGUGGAGGGUUGUCAGUAGGAUUAGAUUGCUUUGUGAUCUGCAUGAGGGGGUUUAGUUUGAGCAUCAGUAGGACGAGGUGCUGUAAAUAUUCUUGGCAUCGGCCAAGUGCAAGCUGGGUACAAUUGGUUGUAUUUUUUCUCUUUUUUCUGAGUUCGUUUCUUGUUUUUAACUCUCACUCAUGGACUUUGUUCGAUAAAUAAUUUGUGGAAUGAAUAUAAGAAAAAGAUGUUUAGUAA